AUGGGUAAAAGUAGAGAACUAGUUGGACUGGAAGCCUUCCCUUGGAGAUUUACGAGCACGUACAAGGAGAAAAGAUGGGGCCUGACAAGAAUGGUUAGAUCUGGUGGAAUGCCAUCAUCCCAUUCAGCAACCGUGACUGCUCUUGCUGUUGCUAUAGUCUUACAAGAAGGAACUGGGGGAUCAGAGUUUUCUGUUGCACUCAUUUUCGCAUUUGUAGUAAUGACUGAUGCUUCUGGUGUGCGCCUUCAGGCUGGUCGUCAGGCCGAAUUACUGAAUCAAAUUGUAUGCGAGCUGCCUCCUGAACACGCCGUCUCCAAUGUUAGACCUCUACGUGAUUCCAUUGGCCAUACUCCUGUUCAGGUUGCUGCUGGUGCAAUUCUGGGAUGUUUAGUAGCACAUCUCAUGAGAACUUCCAAGGGAUGAUGUGAAAGUGUGGCCAGGAGCAAUUCUUUGACAAUUCUAAUUAACAUUACUACAUUUGAUGUUGCUGCAUUGCAAGCUUUCCUGCUUGUGUACUGCAGCAAACUAAAUCGAGAAAAUCUCCAUACCUUGAUGCUGUAGCUGAUAUAAUUGCUUGCCAUCAUCAUCAGAACUUAGGACUGCUUCACUAAAUGAUAUGCAUCACCCAAUAA